CCCAUCGCCAUCGAAACUGAAAGCAAAGCGGUUGAAACGCGUGCAUCGGGAAAGUGUCAACGGUUAUUUAUACACCAUGUACAGCAGAACCAUCGAGAACACCCCCAACAAAAGCUCGCGAGGAGCUUGCGAGCUUGGAACACUUGACAAAUCAAUAGGAUAAAGAACUUUUUGCCAGUCUUACUCAACGCGUACACAACAGGAUAACAGUGCACCCUUAAAGCGGCGAGAAUUUUCGGUUAUUUGGUUAAUUUCAGAAGGAAAACCUUCUUAAAAAGAGGUUUACAAAAGGAAAACUCCUCAUAGCCGUACUUGAAGCACCAGCAAAAUGCGUGGACUCGUCGAGGAUACCAAAAGGACCAAGUUGUCGGCCGCGAACAACAACAACCUCAGCAGCACCAGCGGCAGCAGUCGCAUAAAGUCAAGUAGCCUUGCAACUGGAUCAAGUGCAAGCGGCAGCAGCUCGAAGCCUUUGAGGAGUGCGGUGAAAACGCCAACCACGGGCAGCACGACGUCAUUGGCAGGAACAACGGCGGGGAAGAAGUCACCUCAAACAGGGCAACAACAAGUUGGCAAGUCCGCAAAGUCCUCGACGGCAGCAACACCAACUGGUACAACAGCAGCAGCAACUGGGGCAACAGCAACAACAAAAGCGCAAGCGGCGGCGGCCAAAAGCCAAAAGGGUCAGAAUCCACCCCCACAACAUGUGCAACCGAAACAGCAGCAGCAGCAGCAACAGACACAGCAGCAACCCCUGGUGUUGCAGCAACAACAGGCGAGCAACAGCAGCAACACGAUUGCCCUGCCAAAAGCCUCGCAUGCCAACACCAGCGAGGAGCUGGCCGGCGGUGUCCAGGACACCAUUUACCUGUGUAAUUUCCGGGUGUCCGUCGAUGGCGAGUGGCUGUGCCUCAAGGAGCUGCAGGACAUCGAUGUUGCCGGCGGCCCUGGCAGCUUGGCAGCUCAGACCAGUGAAAAACUAACAGGUGGAAGCAGUUCCCAAACGGGCUUCGGGUCCAACUACAAUGUGGGCGCCAGCUCCAGCUCCAAGCGCAACAGCAAACGCUUCUCCGGAUUAUGCACCGGCAGUGGUGGCGGUAGCGCCGGUGGAGGAGGCGCCUUGGACAUCACCGACAAUGCCCGGGACACGGCGGAAAUCGAGCGCAGCAAUCUGGUGAACAUCUGCAAGUUGGUGGUUAAGGAGCUGUUGGAGCAGUCGCUGCGAUAUGGGCGCAUGCUCGACUCGGAUCACCUGCCGCUGCAGCAUUUCUUCAUCGUUAUCGAGCACGUCCUGGGGCACGGAUUGCGGCCCAAGAAGGGUCUGCUGGGACCGCGAAAGGAACUCUGGGACCUGCUGCAGAGCGUCGAGCACUACUGUCCGGAGGCGCAGGAUAUUACGGCGAGCGUAAGGGACCUGCCCACUGUCCGUACCCACAUCGGCCGUGCUCGAGCCUGGCUGAGGAUUGCUUUGAUGCAAAAGAAGCUAUCGGAUUACCUGCAGGCGCUCAUCGAGCACCGGGAGGACUCGCUCUUCGACUACUAUGAGCCACAUGCUCUGAUGAUGAGCGAUGAGAUCGUUGUGAUAAUGGGCAUUUUGGUGGGCUUAAACGUAAUCGAUUGCAAUCUGUGCGUCAAGGAGGAGGAUCUGGACUCACAGCAGGGCGUCAUCGACUUCUCGUUGUACCUGCGUUCCAGUUCCAGAAACGCCGAUGGCGCUCCUGAAGACAGUGUUCCGCCUGCUCUGUUGGAUGCCACUGGGCAGGGCAACAUGAUUGCGGUGCUGGAUCAGAAGAACUACAUUGAGGAGCUCAACAGGCACCUAAACGCCACUGUGGGCAAUCUUCAGGCUAAAGUUGAGUCCCUUACGACCACAAAUGCGCUGAUGAAAGAGGAUUUGGCAAUCGCUCGGAAUAGCCUGUUGGCCCUUCAAGCCGAAAACCAGGCCAUGCGACAGUCCACUCCGGCAGCGGACAACAAUUCAACUGGGUUGGGUGGUUCCUCCGAUAAGGACAAGGAGAAGGCGUCCGAGGAGCUGGUUGAGGAGCGCCGCAAGAACAGUGAGCUGGAGAAGGAGCUCAAAUUGCAGGUGUCCCUGAAGGCGGAAUCGGACAUGGCCAUGAAACUGCUGGAGAAGGACAUACACGAAAAGCAGGACACGAUAGUCUCCCUGCGCCGCCAAUUGGAUGAUAUUAAGCAGAUCAAUCUGGAAAUGUACCGAAAACUGCAGGACUGCAAGGCGUCUUUAACGCACAAAACGGAGCUGAUGUCCAAGAUGGAGGUCCAAAAGGAGGAUAUGGCCAGCACCAUCGAUCAGCUGGAGAAAAAGUGGAGUCAUGACAAGAGCAACCUGGGGGAGAUUCUCAAGACCACGUCGCAAACACUGACCACCCAGGUGACCGCCAGCGAGGAGCGGGCUGCCCGGGCGGAGGCCGAGUCAAGGAUCGAACGCGAGUGGCGGAUUUCGCUGCAGGAGAAGGAGCUGAAGUUGAAGGAGAAAAUAUCCAAUCUGCAGGGCUGCCUCAAGGAGCUGGCCGAGGAGAAGGAGAGGAAUGGCAAACUGAAGGCUGAUCUGGACAAGGUGCGAACGCAAUGGUCAGAGGCACAAACUACGCUGGAGGAGCUCGGCAUCCAGCUGAGCGUGAGCAAACUGAAGGUGUCGGAGAUGCAGGAUCAGGAGCGUCGCCAGCGGCAGCUGCUCUCCGGCUCCGCCCAGUCUCUGCAAGCCAUGCCGGAGGCGGUUGGAAGUCCAGGUAUCUGGGCACCGGACUCCAUUGCCACCCACUGCACCGCCUGCGAGCGGGAGUUUAAUCUCACGCGGCGGAAGCACCACUGCCGCAGCUGCGGGGAGAUCUUCUGCAAGGCCUGCUCGGAGCACACGCUGCCCCUCCUCAAUGCCCAGGGUCAGCCGGGGAAACCAGUACGUGUGUGCGAUAUCUGCUACGCUGCUAAAUGAUAAUCAAUGGCGCAUUCACACAUGGAUAUUUGUUCGACUAGGAAUUGCAGGGGCGGUCGUGAUUUUAAGAGAGCUCUAGAAUUAUGUUCAUAAGUCCUGUUCCAUUAAAUGGUAAUAUUGUGCUCGUAUCUUAUGUGAAAUAAUAAGAUAAUUAAAAUAUACCUAAAUGUUAUUGCAUUAAUAUGAAUGUCAACCGCCCCUGCAACAAUCGUAUCUAUUGACCAUUUACCUUAUGAAUAAUACCCUUUUAGGGGUGUAUAUUAUAGUACAUUUAUAGAGUUGUGUAAUCAAAUUAUGAAAAUUGUGUUACAAACUUAUUAAA